AUGCAGCUCAUCCAACUGCUCUUCGUGACCAUGCUGGUGCUACUCGCAAGCAGCAACGCGGUCGAUGCUGCUAGCAAAUGCGGAGUCAAGACGACGGUCAUCGUCACCAACGGAGCUGCGAACAACGCACCCUCUAAAUCCACCAACUCCAAGCUGGAGCUGACCAACCUCGCAGCGAAUGACGAAGAGCGAGGCGCGGGAGUGAAUACCGGAGCGGCAGCGCGUGCUACUGGCGCAGGCGCGAUCCCAAUCAACGGACCAUCGGGGGGCGUCGAGAUGGUGACCGUGACGACUUUCAACGGCAACGGAGUCUGGCAGAAGAUGAAGAGGUGGUUGAACGGGCUGUUUAGCACCAGGACGGAACCCUCCCGCUCGACGCGUCGACUCCGGCAGUGA